GCCAGACUGGGCCUGGGAAAGCAACAAAAAACUUGAAGGCACAGAAUGGGAGAGACGUACAUGAUUGCAUUCUGUCCGUGCAGGAGAGAGGUGCAGCUCAAGCUAAAGUGCUUCCUUCUGCCUGGUGCAGCCGUGUCAGUGGCGGCCACAGUUUGGUAGAUCACGACGUGCUGGUGCUGGCGCUGGGCUAGGCUAGGCCGGUGUAUGCACAGUCCCACUCAUGAACUCAGUGGAUACCGUUCAAACGAAAGUUUAGCGUUAGCAUCUUGCACCAUUCACUUGUACAUCGAAGUGUUCGUGAGUCGUAAGCAAUAAUCAGCGGGAAGACCUUGCGGGCUGGGUCGUCCGCUCGACAAUGGCGUCGCUUGAGGAGACUGUGAAGCGGACGCAGGAUAUGUUCAAGGAGUUGAUUCGCAAGCCGCCCUUGACGGACAAGCUGCUGUCGCGGCCGCCAUUUCGUUACCUGCAUGACGUGUUGAUGGAGCUUGGACGCAAGCACAAGUUUCUGAAGGGACUCUACUCAGGUGCAGAGCUGGACUCUGAACAAUUGAAGGAAAAAGAAGCCAAGCUUGCAUUCUUACAGAAGAGUAUCGAUGCAGUUUCAAUCAUACAAGGCGCACCGGUAUUAUGCAAGGCAGCAAAGAUGAUCUCCGGUCAAGAUGCGGACAAGACUAACGAGUUCCUGCAGCAGAUGGCGCAGUGCAUUAUCACUAAGAAAGACAGCUCCGAUGCAGUCAAACAGGUAUUGGCCGGAAAGGGAGCAAAGAGCAAAGAGCCAUCAAAGGCAAAAGAGUCAUCGUCACGUGACAAGAAGAGCAAAAGCACCAAAGAACCCACAGGAACCGCGGAAGCAGCAGCGGCGGCGGCGCCAUCGACGGUGGCAGAGGCCGCUGCCGCCGUGGCUGCGGGCGAGGACGCUGGUGCAGCACGCGAAGGCAGGAGAACAAAACGCCCAAAGGAGGACGAGAGCAAGGCGUCCAAAUCCCGAGACAAAGACAAGGAGAGAAGAAGAGAGGGCAAGUCGAAGGACGCCGGCGAAUCCCACGGCAAAAAGGAAGAAGGGAAACAGGAUGACUCUCAACAAGACAGUCGACCGAGCAGAGACGAGGACAAAGAACGGCGCCGCAGGGAACGCAAGGAGCGAGAGCGAGCAAAAGAGGGCAAGAAGAAGGAAGAAGAGGUCGACGAGAAGACAGCAGCGGCGGCAGCGGCAGUAGCAGCCGAGGGAGCAUCAGCAGACGGAGGUGAGAGACCGCCGUCGCCAAAAUCUUCCCGGCGUGGGAGACAGGAGGCCGAUAAGCCAUCUCCCCCGACCGGGAAGAAAUCUGGCGAUGCGACCGGCAUUCAGGAACCCGACUUCCUUCGGCCACCACUCCCACCAGGACAGCGUAGCUCAGGGAGUGGCAAGCAGCAACAGCAGCAGCAACAGCAGCGAGGACCUGGUCGACCCAGCAGUGCACGUCCAGCUCCUCCUAAGGUCCGCUCUCGACAGGACUCGGCAGGGUCUGAGGACGCCUUGUCCAGAGUCAGCUCCAACGUAACCGUCCAGCAGCCACCAUUGGUUGUGGACAACAACGACGACGAUGACGACAACGAAGAUAUGUUCGUGGUGGACUCUGCUGUAGCGCCGAGUGUCGAGGAACAACCGACUGGACCUACGCUAGAUGUCAGUGACGAUCCUUCGGAGCAUGGUAUGCUUGUGCGAAAGAUUCUGGAUACGCGGAAAGAACAGGAGCAAAGUCUUGCCAAGUCCGCUCCAGCACAGGAAUCUGCCGCCAGCAUAGCACAACGGAGAAAGCGAAAAGAGAAAACCGAGAAAGAGGUUGCCUCUCUGCGAGAAAGUGUACAGGCGCUGUGCCGUAGCGCUAACCCGCUUGCUAAAACCGUGGAUUCUAUCCAGGAGGACGUGGAGAGCAUGCUCCGGGAGCUGGAUCACUGGCAGGAACAAGGACAGGUCAACUCGGCGGAUCUCAUCAAAGAGAAAGAAUUAACCGAGAGUGAACUGGAACCUCUGAGACAGAACCUGACUGAUUUGGAGGCAAGCGUACUUGAAAAGAUGGAUUUGAUUUCAGUGCUGAAGGCUAACAUUGCCAAGAAUGACCAGCAGAUCAACCAAUUGGUCAGCGGAAUAGCGUUGUCGAGCCGCCAGUGAUGCAGCAUGAAUGCAGUGCGCUAUCGGCGGUGUAGCAGUGUCUAGGCCCGGCAUGCACCUCACAGCUGUGCCAAGUGUAGUCAGGCCUAUAGCGUGGAGAAGGGACCUUCAUUGUACCCAACUAUCCAUGCCCUGUACAAGAGUGGCUGUAUGUGUGCUACCGAAGGCUGGCCAGACCAUGGUGCAAUUAAAGUAGCUCGCUAUGUCAUCCGCCUAAUUGUUUUGCCAGUAGCCCGUCAUGCUAUGGCAUCGCCGACCAAGCACUGGCUUGCCCACCAACUGCUGAUAUGAGUAUAUAACACAAGCCUGUUGAACGCCGCUGCCGCACAUCCCGGGACAAUCAAGCGUGUACGUGAAGAUACCGUGAUAACAAGUGUACUCCGACUGCUACUGGUACAAACAUGUCACUGUAUGCGCAUGGCAGCCGUGUUGCCUUCCAUCCAGGCAGGAUCGCAAACACAAAUAGAAUGAUAACAAAUAACAACAAUAACAAUAACAGCACGUUUGGAAAAGUUUUGGGGGAAAUUUUGCAUUUCUGGACCAAGCCAGGGCCAAUGAAAUUCACGUCAGAUUCCUGCCUUGAGAUGCUUAUUAUUAUUAUACUAUUACCCCGUGUCACGUACAAGGCACUGUGCCAGGGUGGGGUGCCUAUGAUUUGUGUGCAAAAUAGAAUAUUUUUUGGCUGAAAAACAAUCAAAACGAGCGAAUUGUACAUGUACAUAACAACGCUCAAUGGCAGUGUUGUAGAGAAUGUCUCCGGUAUGUACGUUCACGAAUAUGUGGCUCAAAUCAUAAAAGCUGAACUGGAUUACUUGCCGAACAGUGCGACUUGUACUCCGUUGUAUUGCAGCUCACUGGUAUUGUGAAUGCGGGAUGUUGCUUUGGA